AGAGGUAAAAUAUGAACGGUUUUAUGUUACUUUUGACUAAAUCACUUAACACAAACUUCUUGAGAAGAGCGGGAAUUGGGAGCCGGUGUUGUCUUUGAGCAAUCGUUCCACGGUUUGGCGACCCUGAAAGAGACCACACGCUGGCCGUGAUGAAAAUUUUUGCCUAUUGACUAGCGGCGGCCGUAUUAUAUAAAUUCUCUUUCCUUUUUUGCACUUUCUUAUGUUGUGGGGUGUCAGGCUGGGAGGCCGAAGGUCAUUUGACCGGUGAAAGGCGGCGGAAGGUAGGUCACCCUGUUCACGUGGGGUUUGCUUCCUCUCAUGAAACACAGUUUAGAAUAGAACAUUUUAAUAAAACGCAUUAGGCGUACUACAUCACAAUUAUUACAGCUUCAAGUUUUGCAUGAUCUUGAAUGAUUCACAAUUUUUUUAUACUUUACACGCUACGCCGCCACGAAUUCAUAAUCAUGGUUUUCUUAUCAAUAAUGUUUCCAUUUUUCCUGGUUUAUGAUUUAAAAAUUUGCAUAGAGUAAAACAAACUUUAGUUCUCUUUGGAACCUGUUAUAAACAAUGCCUUACUUCGAGGUUGUUGCAAUACUGGCGUCAAUCGCGAUUCUCGGCAUCAACACCAUCACAAGCAUAGCUAUCGCGAAGAAGAAAGGGCUCAAGAAGCCAAUCCAUACAUUUAUUCUCGGAAUGGCUAUCGCAGAUUGGAUGGUCGGCGUAUUCAUUAUGUUUGAUCUGAUUUGUCGAUCAAGCUUUAAGAAUGAUGACAAGGAAACGUACCUAGACUAUUUCGUUCACUGCAUAAUUCCUACAUACCCGCUGUUGGUUGCUAGCUUCGCGUCUAACAUAUUCCAAAUUGUAAUUGCAUUCGACCGAUAUACAUCUGUCGUGAAGCCGAUUGAGCACAGGAACUUCAUAACAAAGCGGGUUGUCAAUGGUACGUUUUUAGGAACAUUUUUACUAUCAGCCUUUUUGAGCAGUAUGCCAAUUUAUUGGAACAAUUUUCGAGGCCACAGUAAUAAUCAAUCCAAUCAAUCAUGCAUACUCCUGACCUUAAAUAAAUAUUUUUCUAUGGGGAUCAUCCUCCCAGCGUAUCUGGUGACUUUUUGCUGCUUGAUUUUCAUCUACAUUCAAGUAUAUCGGGUUGCUGUCACCAAACCUGUUAACGAAAAACAAGCAAUUAUGAUGGUCGCUGUGAUUCUGUCUUGUUACUGCAUCUUCUGGCUUCCGCAACUCGUGUGCAUGAUUGUCCUUGUUAAUAAUGAUGCCAAAAAAGAAGAGAUCGAUCAUUUGUUGGAAGUAUACAACUGGCUAUUGCUCCUUGCAUUCUGCAACUCGUUGGUAAAUCCAAUAAUAUAUUCGUGGCGAAUGCCUGAGAUCAAGAAAUCGGUGUACAAGACCCUUCACUUGAAAACUACUGAAGAUUCAAAUAGUAACGUAGAUGUAGAUGAAUCUUAAUUGUGAAAAUUAAUUUCUAUUGUCUUAUUAAACAGUUAGUAGCAUGUUGAUCUCAUCCUUACAAUAUGAACCAUGUAUUUUAAAUUAGUUAUUUUGUUUUUUAUUUAGUUUUAAUACAAUAUAAAAUAAUAUCAAAUAACAUAUGCCUGAAUUUAUUUGUGCGGGUAGGAAAAAGGAAACUGUGUAUUUAUGUCUGCCUGAUAAUAUGUUUCCUGGAGGUAUCUCUUAAAAAACCAGUUUGUCAGUUUAAUUAAUAACAGCAAAAUAAAUUAAUCGCGGAAUGAAAUAUGUCGACUCUUUCAAAUUGUUGUGUCGUAGCUACUACAAUCUAUGUAUUUGCCACUCUUGGUGUGAACACCAUCACUAUUAUCGCAGCGGUAACGAAAAAAAACGGCUCGAGAAACUAUCGUACAAAUUCAUCAUUGGAGUUGCUGUUCCGACUGGAUGGUGACACACAACAUUCAAUUCAACUAAACCUGUAACUAAAUAUUCUUGAAUUUUUUUACCAGGUGGGCGUUUUCAUCGCCGCUGACUUUACUUACAUUUUUUUAAGAGCAUCGUGUGAAGGAGUCCUGCGCAAAAUAUUUAUGCCCCUGCUUUUUGCCUACUUUUCUGCUCUUGCUAUCAAGCGAUGCCUCUAAUGCUUUCAAGAUGGUCAUUGCAUUCGACCGUUGCAUGUCAGUCAUGAAGUCUUUGCUGCACCGAAACUUUCUUACUGAAAGGUAAAAUUGAUUAUACUCUUUAGUUUGAGAUAAUUUGUACUUACUAUCAGUUAAAUGGUUCUAAUUUUUUAGACUUGCGACUUUUAUAAUUGAAAAAAAAUCGUUUUAUUUACUUAUGCCGGUCUGUUUAUGAAUUUGAGAGGGCUGGCGAGGCCCAUUUCAGUAUUACGCUAUACUUUACAUUAUGAGGAAAAUUAAAAUGUUAUGUGUGUAUGUUCAACAUUAUUAAAGCAAACCUCACAUAUAUAAGAAAGUCGAUGCGAUUCUGGCUUGCCAUAUUGUUUGCUGGUUCCCGCACUAACUGUGCACGCUUCUUGUUUUAGAGGACGCGCUCCCGAAAAAGAACCUCAUCAAUCAAGAAGAGCACAAAAGCCUGGCGCUUUACUUAAUUUACCAUCGGAUGGUGUUGCUGGCCUUCUCCGUUAAUUCUUGAAUCUAUUGGUUUACUCGUGGUGGAU